AAAAAAACAAUGUUUUUUUCUAGCGUCGCUGUUUAAUUUUUAGGAAUGUCAAAAUCGUAUAUUUCCUUCUUUCGCGUAUUUGAUUUUUCGAAAAAACGAUGAAGAAAGAACGAACAGCUGACAUCAGCCGACCUUUCAAAUUAGCUCAUCAAAUUUUGAGCUUGACUGGAAUAAGCUUUCAGAGGAAGAGCAUCAUCGGUUUUGUGGAAUUGACGAUAGUGCCUCUCAGAGACAGCCUAAAGGUUGUGAAACUCAACGCCAGGCAAUGCAGGAUCUAUAGGGUUUGUCUCAAUGAUACUUUCGAGGCACCAUUUCAAUAUUUCGAUCCAUUUUUGGACAUUUGUCAAGGAGAUGGUAAACAGCGGUCAUUGGAGUUUUUCUCAAAUCUUCAUCUGGCAGCAGCGCAACGCGUCGAUCCUGAUAACAAUGCAGGCGAGCUUGUUAUCCAAAUACCACCAGAUGCGGUGCAUCUCAUAGCAGAGGGACGUAGUUUGAGAAUAGGUAUUGAAUUCUCUCUGGAACAACCACAGGGUGGUGUACAUUUUGUUCUGCCAAACUGCGAAGGUUCUCUAGCAGAGCGCGGUGCUCAUAUGUACACGUACAGCUACGAGAAUUCUUCAAGACUAUGGUUUCCCUGCGUGGAUAGUUUCGCCGAGCCAUGUACUUGGAAAUUAGAGUUUACCGUGGACGAUUUCAUGACCGCCGUCUCAUGUGGCGAUUUGGUUGAAGUUGUUUACACUCCGGAUAUGAGAAGAAAAACGUUUCAUUACGUUUUAAACACACCAGCUUGCGCACCUAACAUCGCUCUUGCAGUUGGACCAUUUGAGAUAUUCGUUGAUCCAUACAUGCACGAAGUGACACAUUUUUGUUUACCUCAACUUUUACCAUCUCUCAAAGUUUCUGCAAAGUAUAUGCAUGAAGCGUUUGAAUUCUACGAGGAAACGUUGUCCAACAGAUAUCCUUAUUCUUGUUACAAACAAGUUUUCGUUGAUGAAAUUGAUGAGGACAUCAAUGCCUAUGCGACCAUGAGCAUACUUAACACUAAUCUUCUUCAUUCAACAGCGAUAAUAGAUCAAGUUUACAUUACGAAAAAGGCUAUGGCCCAAGCUAUAGCAGAACAAUUUUUCGGAUGCUUUAUUUCAAUGCAAAAUUGGUCGGACACGUGGUUACCAAAAGGUAUUUCGACUUAUCUCACUGGAUUAUAUGCGAAAAAGUGUUUUGGCAAUAACGAAUACAGAGAGUGGAUUCAAUCGGAACUUCAAGAGGUGGUAAAAUACGAAGAAGAAUUUGGCGGAAUAAUUUUAGAUUCGUCACAGCCACCGGCCCCGCUUCCGAUCGCUGCUAACAGUCCAGCCCCGGCGCCCCGUGUUCCUGAUCCAGGUUUUUAUUUUCCAGUGAAAAAUUUGCACACUAUGUCGCCGAAGUAUAUUCAAGUGCUGCGUAAAAAAGCGCAUUUGGUGAUACGGAUGUUGGAGCACAGGAUUGGCCAGGAACUUCUGCUCCAAGUAUUCAACAAACAGUUAUCAUUGGCUGCGAACGCAGCUCAACAAAAAAUCGACUCUGGUCUUUGGUCCCACUUUUUGAUUAGUACGAACGUAUUUACUAAAGCCAUAUUUACCGUGACCGGUAAGGAUAUGGCGGUGUUUAUCGAUCAAUGGGUUAGAACCGGUGGUCACGCGAAAUUCAGUCUAAGCUUCGUUUUCAACAGAAAAAGGAACACCGUCGAAUUAGAGAUUCGACAGGAUACGACGCACUAUCGGGGUAUAAGAAAAUACGUUGGGCCUUUGCUUGUCAAUAUUCAAGAAUUGGACGGUACUUUCAAGCACACUCUCCAGAUCGAGGGAACCGUCGCAAAAGCCGAUAUAACGUGUCACAGCAAGAGCAGGAGAAAUAAGAAGAAAAAAAUCCCUCUUUGUACUGGUGAGGAAGUCGACAUGGAUCUUUCGGCAAUGGACGAUUCCCCGGUACUUUGGAUAAGGCUCGAUCCGGACAUAACUUUAAUGCGGGCCGUGCAAAUUGAACAGCCGGACUAUCAAUGGCAAUAUCAGUUGAGACACGAAAGGGACGUCACGGCACAGCUCGAAGCGAUCGAGGCUCUUCAAAACCAUCCGACGCCCGCUACUCGGUUGGCUCUUACCGACACGAUUGAAAAUGAACAUUGUUAUUACAAAGUUCGUUUGCGAGCCGCCCAUUGUUUAACAAAGGUUGCAAACGCAAUGGUCGCUACCUGGGCAGGCCCUCCCGCUAUGCUCGCAAUUUUCCGGAAACUUUACGGCUCGGCCUCGUGUCGAAGAAUCAUCAAGCAAAAUAAUUUCACCAACUUUCAGCACUAUUUUUUACAAAAGACUAUACCAGUCGCAAUGGCAGGUUUGCGAAACGCGCAUGGAAUUUGUCCACCGGAAGUUCUCGCUUUCCUUAUGGACCUUUUCAAGUACAAUGACAACAGUAAAAAUCGUUAUUCCGACAAUUAUUACAGAGCUGCGUUAAUUGAAGCUCUCGGAGCGACAGUUACACCUGUGAUUAGUGUCCAACAUGGGACUUCCAUAACAGCAGAAUCAUUGUCUGUUGACACAAAAGCAAUUCUCGAAGAAGUUACUAGAAAUUUGAAUCUCGAGAAACUUUUGCCUUGUUAUAAAUACACGGUGAGCGUCGCUUGCUUAAAAGUCAUCCGAAUAUUGCAGAAAUUCGGACACUUGCCAAGCAAUCCGCACCUUUUUAGGGCGUACGCAGCUUACGGACAGUUUAUAGAUGUCAGAAUAGCAGCUCUCCAAGCUCUCGUCGACUUUACCAAAGUCGAUGGCAAAUGGGACGAUCUCGAAUUUCUUCUCGAUAUGGCGGAAAUGGAUCCCCAUCCUAGUGUACGUCAUAGACUCGUCAGAUUGAUGGUGGAAAAUCCGCCCUUUGAAAGAGCUCAUAAACAUCGACUGGAUAAGCCCGAAUUAGUCGAUCGAAUAUGGAAUCUUAUAAACGGUAUGUUGUCCCACGACUCCAAAUUACGUUGUGACCUUGUCGAUUUUUAUUACACAUUGUACGGUUCGAAAAGGCCCCUGUGUUUGCCUAUCCCGGAACUGGGAUGUCUUUCCGCUAAACCACGGAAGGCUGGACCUCAAGCCAGCCCCGAGAGGGAAGAAAAUCUACGUCUGAACAAACCGGGAGUACCACCCCACAUUAAACAAGAAAUCGUCCAGGAACCUCAGGAUGUUACAUUACCCAGCAGUAAAAGGAAGGCUUCGUCGCCUGUCAAAGAACCUGUUGCUGGGCCCAGUACCGCUUCGGAUUGUGGUCCAGAGGUUAAACGACAAAAACAGACUCAUAACGAUGCUGGAAGAGGGACUCCGGGUCCACCAGGCGAAGGAAAAGUCAAGUCUGAAUAUUACAGCGACAAUUCGGCAUCUUUGCCGGGUCUUAUGGGAACUCAAGGUCCCGUGGGCUUUGAACCUGGAAUGUUCAAAAAAGAAGCUGAAGACCACAAGCAAAAAGGCGAUUCCUCGAACAAGGGUAAGAAGAAGAAGAAGGACAAGAAGAAACACAAACAUAAACAUAAACACAAACACGAGCAUAAACACACGAAGGAUAAGGACAAAAAGGAUAAAGAAAAGCAACCAAAAGAUAAGGACAAGGAUAAGGACAAAGAUAAAGAGAAAGAAAAGGAGAAGGACAAGGAUAAGGAGAAGAGCAAGGAGAAAGAUUCCGUCGUCAAGGUCAAAGAGGAUACUUUAAGUUCACUGAGUUCAAGCCCAAGUCCUGAUGCUACAAGCGCCACUAACGAAUUUUCUUUUCCCUGAAUUUUCAUUCCCAUGUUCGAACCAUCAUCGAUUUCUUCCCAAGAAAAUAAACACUUUUUUUAAACUAGACAAUUUUUUUCAUAUUGAUAUUUGUAAAUAAAUUGCAAACUUAUGAGAAUAUACGAGAAACCACUACAGCAUU